GCUUCCUUUGCCCUCUGCAUUUUCAGUUCCUGUUUCCUUUCGUUUUCUUUUCUACUAGUAUAAAUUUUCUCUGAGUCUGGUGCUACGAUGGAGAGUGGUGAUCAUUAUAGAGCAAGUAGUAGUUUACGACCAGGAAGUUCCACCGCAUGGAGGAACAGCACCAUUGAUUUGUUCUCGAGGUCUUCACGAAAUGGAGACAAUGAAGAAACUAUUAAGUGGGCAGUCCUGGAGAAACUGCCCACCUUUGCUGAGUUAAGGAAAGGAAUACUGACCACCUCCGAUGACGGUGCCGCUGAAAUUGAGGUUGUUAACCUCGGGGAAGAAAAAGGCAUUCAGUUGUUCUUCUGUCAAGUUUCUAGGCAACUAAACAGAGGAGCCCUGUUUUGUGGAAACGCAAACAACAAGGCUAUUUGUCAGCUGCUGCAUUUUGCUGUAUCAGAUAUCAGCGAUGAUGUCACUGAUGUUAGGACGAGAACAGCUCUUCUAGCUCUUGGGUUUGUGUUUUACUCAGAACCAGAGCAGGUGUGUGCAAAUUUGACUCUUUAUGCCUCGAAUUGCCUCGUUCACUCGUUGCUCUCUAAGUCUUAUAGCCCACACGUUCGCUAUGGUGCGGCUCUUGCAGUUGCCAUUUCCUGUGCUGGCACUGGCCUGAUACCCACCACCACAUCUGCUGUGAAACUUCCAACUGCUGUUCUGUCAACAUCAGCAAAGGCAAAAGCUAGGGCCAAUAAGAAAGUGGCAGAGCAAAAGGCUAAUGCUGAGAAGUUAUCCGGCUCUGAGUCCAAAGGAAUAUCAAAUGAGAAAGAUGGAUUUAAGAUACCUCAGGAUGCGCUUGACAACAUUCACAUGUUGUUCGCUAGGAUCAUGCAUAUAUUGGCUGAAAGCACUCAAUGCAUAAGCGAGGAACCUGAUUUGGCUCAAUACAUAAUUUCAAACCUUCUUCCAUUGGUGCAUCAGCUGGGUCAUUUCCUGUCACUAUCACGUCAUCCACAUCAUCCACAUAUACAAUGGAAACCUUCAACUCAUCACUUCCCUCUUAAAAUGCCUUUGACAGGGCACUUCAUAUCUCACAAGCCAUGGAUUCAGCUGACGGCUUUGUCUUGCCAUAAAUACAACAAAGGUUCCCUCGCUCAACAAGCUAAGACCAGAUCUCAUAGUUUGAUUCUGAAAGGAUGAUUCCAGCAUUGAAAACUCCUUUUGAUUUUAACAAUAACAGGGAUAGAUGGAGUCUCAAACAACUUUGUCUCAGACAAAUCUAUCUCAGACAUUUUUAAGGUUUAGACUUGUUAGGGCUCAAACGUAAAAUGGCAUUUAUAGUGUAACUCCAAAUCAGUGCUUGGUUGUCUUUUUUUGUUAGUAUAGUUCCUUUAAUCAAGGAACCAUGUCUCUAGAUAUUUUGUAUAUGGAAGGUGUUUUGAUGGAUUUGGUGGAGUUGUUAGAACAAACACCACUUAAUGUACUACUGUUGCCACUAGAUUGCAUGAUUUUGUAAUCUGAUAUGCAUGAUUUUGUAAUCUGAUAUGUACAAUCAGUUAUGAAUGCACAAUCAGUUAUGAAUGAAAUGCCAGUGAGGAA